CGGAGGCGCGCGAGCGUCGGUGAGCGCGCCGACCAGUCCGCGCGGGACGCUCGACGAGCGAGGAUCGUGUUCUUGCCUUGUUCUCCAAGUCUCUCAGGUGCAUCGGUGGUUAACAGCGUGGGAGGAAGAGAAAAAGAGCACUAGUUUUCGCACGCAGUUCCGUAGGACCGACGACAUCGUAAAGGAGGAGAGAAAAAAAACGGCGGCGAUCAUAGAGAAGAACUUCUCGCGAGACGACCGGAACUCCGGGAGUAUUGGAGCACAGAUGGUGAGAGGAUCGUUACCUGAUAUCGCAGUGACGAUGGCCUCGGGCAGGGAAAUCCACGGUGCUUUCAGUCUCAUCGUGGACGACGUGGACUCGCACUCGAUCCUCAGCGACGGCUCCGACCUGGACGGGCUAUCGCGCGAGAGCAGUUCGCAGAAUUCGGCGUUGCAGACGCCAUUGGAUAGCCCCGGUGGACCGCGGGAGAGGAUCAAGCAGAUCCAGGUGGAGGCCGAGACCAGGCGAGGCGAGUUCGCCAGGUUGCUGGAGGAGCACGCGCAGGUGGUGCGCAAGCUGAAGAUGAUGGAAGCAGAGGAGCAGUUAUCGACAACGACGACGACGACAACCGGGAACACGGCGGUAAUCGGCGGUGCGCACGCGUGAUUUUACGAUUUUAUCACCGACGCCGGGACGAGGGUGACACCGAGGGUCGGGACCACUACGUCGACGACCAUCAUACAACCGAUCACUAUCGCCUCACCGCGUUUCCCCUUCAUUCGCCUCGACCGAGACAUCCCAUCCGGACGGACCAUCGUCGUCCGUCGCGAUUUACAGACGAGACGCGGAUGAUGCGAACAUCACUGAACGUUUGGAUUAUUAACUCUCGGAUGCGCCCCGGACAAGUCUCCGAAAUAUUCAGAUAUAUAUGGGACACACGUUUGUGGGGGAGUAAACGGUGCAUCCAAGAGUUAAUUGUGAAAGAGAAGGGAAAUCUGAAUUCGAGAGGACUUCUUUU